CCCUCAAUGCAAUCCAACCCUGUCAAUCAAUCGAUCUGCAAUAUAUUAGCAACUUGGAGAGAAUCCAUGCGCUCGCAAUAUGGCCUGAUUUUUUGUUCGGCAUCUCCUGAUGUUUUCCGACACAUUCAUUGCCGUGUGCAAUUUCUGCCCGUGUCUCUCUCCAGAGUAUACACACUAUGUAGUACCCGUAGUACCUAGUCCAAGUAGAGUCUGGACCAAUGACGACUCUCUUUUUCUUUCCUUCAUUGCGCGCACUUCUUGUCUCCAAACGUCAGUUCUCUUUUGGUGUUAACGGUGGUUACAUCUCGCUCCCAAAACUCCCGUCUCUCUUAACGGGUGAGUGACUGGAAGUUAGUUAUUUGUUGAAUAACAUCAUCCACAACAGAAUGACUUGAAUCGGUGUGGUUGGUUCGAUUGCAUACCUAUAUUAAAAACAGUGCUAAAAGUGAACUCUUUCAAAAGUUGGUUGAGAACGUACUCUAUCGUAGUUGAUUUCUUCACACUAGGCAAGCAUAACGACGCAUGAUGUCCAGGGGCGUGAAUCGAUUUUCAUAUUCUCGAACGGGAUUGGGGAUCGUGGUGGGACUUACAGGAUUGGCCAUUCAACCGGCCAUGGCCUUUUUACCCAGCUGGUCUGACUUGUUCUCGUCACUAAGGCCUUUUCAAGACCCCACGGAGAGUCCAGAGGACAUGGGCUUGGAUGAGGAAUCGGCUCGAUUGGGCUUUGUUCAGCUGAACAGUGGGACAAAUAGCUUUAAUACCACCCUCAACUUGACUGGCCACAUCCUCUUGGGUUUGGGGAUUGCUUCAGCCCUCUUGGCCAGGAUGUUUCUAGAAGCCCUCAAAGGAGACUCCAAUCAAGGAGGAUACUCCUCUGGAAGUGGGAGUGGCUAUGGGCGGAGGAAGGUCCCGGUUGAUGCUCUCAUCAAUACCAGCAUAGAUCUCAGUGCUCUUUUGGUUUUCAGUCUCCUGGUCACCCUGGUGUGGUCCACUUUUCUUAUGAUUACUUACAUUGGCUGGUAUGGGCCUUUUAAACCCUUCAUGAGCCUCCACCCGUCACAUAGGCGAAGGCCUCAUCGCUACAGGGAUGAACCCCACUUCGAUGACUUCCACAGGCGCUCUUUGUCUCCAAAUGGAACUUUAGACGAAAUGACCCAACUCAUUCCUCCUUUACUGGAGAAACUCGAGGACAGACUGAGGCUGUCGGGCUUGGACGAGGAUGACUGCCUUACACAAACCGUUUGUGAAGCGAAUCGACCUCAGCUGGAAUUUAGCUUUAACACACUUGGAGACGCUAUCCGAGAUAUUCACGGAAUCAUCCUUGAAAACAUGGAACAGGAGUCAGAGGAGUCCCUUGAAAAUGAUGAGAUUGUUAUCCGCCAUUUGAAUGCUCUAACCAUUGGCUUAGAGGGAAAGGACUGCAAGAUGGCCUAUCCCAAAUGUUCCAAACCUUAUCAGGAAUUAAUGAGGAUCCUCCAUUCAUAAAUGAAAUUCAGUGGAACAAUGACGAGCUUCAUUUUCGUGCAAUAUCUGAUUUAGGUUUAUAUUACAAUUUCAAUAACAGUGCAUUCCAUGUUUGUCCCUUUUCUGUUAACCAAUUAUAAUCAUCAUGUUAUGUAUCUUUUCUUAUAUGAAAUCGUGUUCAUAAUGAAUAUUCAUGUUAUACUAACUCUCAUCAAAGGCAACCCGGCAAAACUCUCUCAAGCCCAUCUAAUCUAAGUUUGACAAUAAAUGAAUUCCAGCUCUUUUUUUAAAA